UGUAUACAUGUACGAAAACAACAUUUUGUUUUGAAGUAAAACACGUGAACUUAACAACUGAACGAGAAAUUACUUAGCUUACAAGAAUUUGUAUCAUUUAUUAAAAUAUGAGUUCGAAGCGUGGUGACCACGGUAAGCGAACUAGGGCUCAAAAGCACCAGAAUACCUUUGCCUUCAAAAAUGACUUGCAUGACAAGCAUACUCCUUUGAUCAAACUGAUCAAUAAUUUGAACGUAUGUGAAGUUUGCGAACGUUGCAAGGAACAGAUCGAAUGGAAAAUCAAAUAUCGGAAGUACAAACCGCUAACUCAACCGAAAACAUGCAACAAGUGUAACGAGCGUAAGGUCAAACGGGCCUAUCAUGUGUUGUGCCGAGAUUGUGCUUUGAGCAGUAAAUGCUGCGCCAAGUGCCUGAAGGCAGCCGACGAAGUUAAUAUCAUUCCUCCGGAUCCAACCGACGCGGAAAAGCAAAAGCUGAAGGUAGAAAUGGACCAGCUUAUCAAGUCACUUCCAGAGCGCAAACGAAGAACAUUUUUGCGUUACAUGAACAAGGGUAAGAAAAACGAAAAGAACUCCGAGGCACAGGAAGAUUCAGAUUAUGAAAAUGAAGGAGUAACGGUUAAGGCCAGGAAUAAGAUUGACUAUACGCCCAGGACUCGCGAGGAACUGAUGGAAAAGUUCGAGCAGCUUAAAUUAGCGAACAACGAAGACGAUGAAGGAGAUGAUCUGUUCACCGAUGACGACGGCGAAGAUUAUGAUGAUUUCAGCGAUGAUAGUCUACCGACUUAAUUUUCUGAGCUUAAAGCAAUGGUAUGGUUGCACUUUGCACUUAUUCAAACUUCAGUGAAUUUAUCUACUAUUCAUUUUCAAUCUAUUAAUAAAUAAAA